AUGAAGGGACUGGAGUAUCUUGAUGUGUCGGACAAUGCCAUGACGUCAGAGUGCUUGGGGGUUCUUGCGGAACAAAUCAGUGGUAACACUUGCACGAUAGGACUUUGUCAUCUCGAAGCUGUGGACAUGCAGGUGACAGAGGAAAGUGCCCUGGAAACUCUCGCGAGGGCCAUCAGCAAGAACCAAGCGGAGCGAGGCCCGACGGCGAACAUUUCCAAGCUUACUACGUACCCCCCAAACUACAUUGAAGAAGACAUGGCGCCUCACACACUGAUUCUAGUACCUGAAAAUGGAACUGGAGUUUCUAUUCCGCCCCCAAGAUACGGUGGUGGAGAGAUUGUCGUUGGCACCUCAACCCAUUUGAAAGAGUUUAUGCUCGACAAAGUCCCAACGCUUUUCUUGCCAAAACCAUCAGAGGCCGACCAUUAUCAGUCCACCGUAUAUUUGAGACCACUACCAAACAACAUUCAAUUGCCGGGGAUGGAAGUGGAGCUCUAUGACGGCCUCGUCCCGAGCAAGCGCGGCAAAUUUCAAAUCUACACCAGCGCAGAGUCAGUCGAAGAUAUUGUGGACGUGGUGGUAUCCCUUGGCCUUUGCAAGUUUCAAACCAUGUGUCAGCCACCACCUGUCAUCCAAAGGCUCCAGGAGAAGCUGCCCAAUUUGUCGCUCACGAAACAAGAGCCUCGGCACUAUUAUCCUGGCUGGGGGUGA